GUUGGUGAUCCUGUUCCAAUUCUUCAUAAAUAUUAUCAACCAGGAGAUGUCAUUGUUGCCGGUAUUUUGUCUCAGAUGUAUUUAUUUUCAAACACAAUACGCUUUCACGAAAAGCCUUCUAUCGACAUUUUCUAUGAUACUGACAACUUUAUUGCAAGCUGGACAUAUCAUGCCUCAAUGGAAGUAUUUUCAACACAAGGCAAGUUAAUCCCUAACUACAAGUGUGAAGCAGAGAACAACCUAGUGUCAGUCAUUGGAGGACCUAAUUCUGAAGUCUGUAUCCACAUGGCAGCUAUCCUAUCUAUUUACAAGAUUCCACAAUUCACUUAUGGCUCUGCUUCUGAGAUGAAUAGAAAAACUCAAGCUAUUUUCUAUCACCAGAUGUUUCCAGAUGUACACAGACAAUAUAAAGGGAUUCUCCAGUUACUGUUGCAUUUCCAAUGGACAUGGAUUGGGGUAUUAUAUGACAAUGAUAACAAUGGAGAGAGAUUUGUCCAGGAUGCACUCCCUGCGUUUUCUGAGAGAGGAAUCUGUUUUGAUUAUAUUGAAAGAUUCCCAGUAAUUACAUCAGUUACUGACAUUGAUAAGAUGGUGACGGAGGGGUUACACUUGUAUGAAGUCAUAACAGAAAGUAUUACUAAUGUAUCCAUUAUUUAUGGUGAAAUUGAGACUAUGAUAUUUGUCAGAAUGUGUUCCACAUUGUCAAAAUAUGAGGCUAUAUCAAUAAUGGCAAAAGGAAGGGUUUACAUUAUGACGGCUCAGAUGGAAUUCACAUCAUUCCCCUUUCAAAAGAAAGAAGGCAUAGACUUGCUUCAUGGUGCCCUGUCCCUAGCAGUUCAUUCAAAGGAGGUCCUGAGAUUCACUGACUUUCUUCAGCUGAUAAAUGCUGGCUCUGAAGUAGAAGAUGGCUUCAUUCAGGGCUUUUGGGAAGAGGCCUUUGGAUGUUUCUUUCCAGAGUCUACAAUAGACAGACAAGAAAGGGUCCCCUGCACUGGUAAGGAGAAACUGGAGAAUCUCCCAGCAUCUAUUUUUGAAAUGAGCAUGACUUCCCAUAGCUACAGCAUCUACAAUGCAGUCUAUGCCAUGGCAUAUGCUUUACAUAACAUGCUUUCAUUUCAAUUGAAAAAGACAGAGAGUGUCAGUGAACCAAUCCAUAGCUUGCUGGCUCAACACCUAUGGCAGCUCAACCAUUUUGUGAGAAUAAACUCAUUUAACAACAAUGUUGGAGAAAGAAUUUUCUUCAAUCAAAAUGGAGAACUGGAAACUGGAUUUGAUAUUAUCAACUGGGUAACAUUCCCAAACCUUUCCUUCCUUAGAAUCAAAGUUGGAGACAUACAACCCUUGUCUCUUGCAGAAAAAGCAUUUAUUAUUUCCAAGGAAUCCAUAAACUGGCCAAAGUGGUUUAAUCAGACAAAACCUCUUUCUGUUUGCAAUGACAAUUGUCAUCCAGGUUACAGAAAGGCCAAAAAGGAAGGGAAACCAUUUUGCUGCUAUGAUUGCCUUCCUUGUCCAGGAGGGAAGAUUUCUAAUCAGAAGGAUAUGGACAACUGCUUUCAGUGUCCACUAGAUCAUUAUCCAAAUGAGAAGCAAAAUAUCUGCCUUCCCAAAUAUGUAACAUUUUUAUCCUAUGAAGAAAUGCUGGGGAAUAUUUUUACCAGUUUUAUUCUUACUUUUUCUAUUCUUACUAUUUUGAUGCUCUGGCUCUUCAUUAAAAACAAUGACACACCAAUUGUGAAGGCCAACAAUGAGACCCUGACCUACAUUCUUCUCAUCUCCCUCCUGCUCUCAUUUCUCUGUGCUUUCCUAUUUAUUGGUCAGCCUCGUCAAUGGACGUGUUUUCUUCGGCAAGCUACCUUUGGCAUCAUCUUUUCUGUGGCAGUUUCUAGCAUUUUGGCAAAGACUAUCAUCGUAAUUCUUGCUUUCAUGGCUACCAAGCCAGGGUCCAGAAUUAGAAAAUGGAUGGGGAAGAGACUGGGUCUUUCAAUUGUUCUUUCUUGCUCUUUUAUUCAAACCAUUAUUUCUACUGUAUGGCUAUCAAUCUCUCCCCCAUUCCUAGAUGUUGACGUGUAUUCCCUGCCAAAGGAAAUUGUAUUGAUAUGUAACGAAGGGUCAACUGUCAUGUUCUAUUUUGUCCUUGGUUUUAUGGGUCUCUUGGCAAUUAUCAGCUUCAUUGUGGCUUUCCUGGUCAGGAAGUUACCGGACACAUUUAAUGAAGCCAAAUUUAUCACCUUCAGCAUGUUGGUGUUUUGCAGUGUCUGGCUGUCCUUUGUUCCAACAUACUUGAGCACAAAGGGGAAAUAUAUGGUGGCUGUAGAGAUCUUCUCCAUUUUGUGCUCCAGUGGAGGGUUACUGUCUUUCAUCUUCUUUCCAAAAUGUUACAUUAUUCUGAUGAGGCCUGAUUUAAAUAACAAGGAACAGCUAAAAAGGGGGAAAUAA